AUGGCAGUCAAGACUGACAUGAGCAAGGCCUAUGACCGCAUUGAAUGGAGCUUCAUACGACAUGUUUUGGAAAGAAUGGGUUUUCACCCUACAUGGACAAACUGGAUAAUGCAGUGCGUUUUUUCAGUCUCUUACUCUUUCCUUCUCAAUAAUUCUGUCCAAGGUUCAGUUCUCCCGCAGCGAGGCAUCCGUCAGGGUGACCCUUUGUCACCAUACCUGUUCAUCCUCUGUACGGAGGUUCUCUCUGGUAUCUGCACAAAAGCUCAGGCAGCAGGUCGGCUCACAGGCAUUCGAGUCGCCAAAGGGUGCCCCAGAAUCACUCAUCUCCUCUUCGCAGAGGACACCAUGUUCUUCUGCAGGGCAAACGAAACAAGCUGUGUAGAGCUCACCAAAAUUCUCGAAAAAUACGGACAGGCGUCACGGCAAAUGAUUAAUAAACAGAAAUCAGCCAUCACAUUUUCAAGAAAAACCCCGAGACCACUCAAAGACGCUACAAAACACCUCCUCAACAUUCAAAAAGAAGGAGGCCUUGGCAAGUAUUUAGGACUUCCAGAGCUCUUUGGGAAAAAGAAAGAGGAUUUGUUUAAUGGUAUAAUCGACAGGAUCAGACAAAGAGCACUUAGCUGUUCAUCCCGGUUUCUUUCUGCUGCUGGUAAAACUACACUCCUGACUUCGGUCCUAGCGGCAAUGCCCACAUAUACAAUGUCGUGUUUCAAGAUCCCUGUAUCCCUGUGUAAACGGAUCAAGUCAGCUCUAACACGCUUUUGGUGGGAUGCAAAUGAUGGGAAAAAGAAGAUGGUUUGGGUCUCAUGGGACAAACUUACACUAUCGAAACGAGAUGGGGGUCUUGGCUUUCGAGAUAUCCAACGUUUCAAUGACGCCCUCCUAGCGAAAGUGAGCUGGCGAAUCCUCACAAAUCCAACUUGCCUCCUGGCACGAACCCUCUUGGGAAAAUACUGCAAACAUUCGUCAUUCCUAACUUGUAAUGUCCCUAAUGCUGCAUCCCAUGGCUGGCGAGGGAUCUGUGCAGGAAGAGACCUUAUCCAAGGAAACACUGGCAAGGUUAUAGGCGAUGGAAAAGACACCAGUGUGUGGUAUGACCACUGGUUAUCCUUUUCAGAACAAAAAGCUCCUAUGGGACCACCAAACAAGGAAGACCAGUCUCUUCGGGUUGCGGAUCUCUGGAUCCCCGCAACUCAAUCAUGGAACCUGGAAAAGAUAUCAGAGAUAAUUCCUGAAUAUCAGAAUGAAAUCAUAGCGAUCAGGCCAAGUACAAUGGGAGCAAGAGACAAACUUAUCUGGCUAUCCUCGACAUCUGGUGAAUAUAGCUCAAAGUCUGGCUAUUUUGAAGCCACCAAAGACACCGCUGCAAUGAUCAAACAAACCUGUCAUAUAGAAGAGUUUAGUUGGACAUCCAAUGUGUGGAAUAUCAAAAGCUCCCCGAAACUAAAGUUCCACUUGUGGAAAAUGUUGAGAGAAGCUCUACCUGUGGGACAAAACCUUCGGACCCGUGGAAUUGAAUCGGCGGCCUGCAUCCACUGCAACCAAGAGGAGUCAACCCUCCACCUCUUCUUUCAAUGCCCCUUUGCUACACAAGUUUGGAGCUUGACUCCUUUCAAGAACCCUUUUAUACCCUCGCGAAUCUCUUCUCUAUUUCAUGGAAUAGAAACCCUUCAACGCCAAAUCUCCCUGCCCCCAGUGGGAUUGGGGGAGACUCCGCUUGCACCAUGGAUCCUCUGGCACCUCUGGACAUCAAGGAAUAAGAAACUCUUCGAAGACCGUCAGAUCUCAGCAGCAGAGACCCUCACGACUGCAAUUGUUCAGGCAAAGGAAUGGAGUGCAGCUCAACUCGUAAAGCCCUCAACAACCCGGGUGAAUCCCUCAGUACCACGACCUUUGGCGGAUCCAGAUCUGACCACCAUCUUCACUGAUGUGGCCUGGCGAAGUGACACUCAGGAUGCUGGCUUUGGAUGGGCUAUCUCUUACCCUGGAUCCCAAACAGAUCUCCGUCGACAAUCAUCCGCCAGACAUGUACGAUCGGCCCUCAUGGCUGAAGCGAUGGCCAUCCACCAAGCUAUCCUCCAUGCCAAAGAUAUCGGUAUUACAAAAUUCUCUCUAGCUUCAGACUCCUUACAGGUGAUCAAAGCAAUCAAUUCGGCAGCUCCUCAAACGGAACUCCAUGGGAUUCUUCAUGAUAUCCUCCUUCUAUCAUCGGACUUUGAAGACGCUCAAUUUCGUUUUGUCUCACGAAAAGAUAAUUGUGUUGCACACGACUUAGCAAAAUCAAGUCUCUUUAGUUUCUCCUCUGUACCCGGUCUAACCGGUUAA